AUGCAAGAUGAUCACAGAACUUAUGAGGACUAUACCGUCGCGGUUGUUUGUGCAAUCGACUUUGAGAUGAGCGCAUUCCGGUUCAUGCUGGAUCGGGAGCACAAAAACCUACCGACGAAAGAUGGCGACUCCAACAUUUAUACCUUGGGCGACCUACACGGCCACAAUGUGGUUCUCGCGUGCCUCCCUGGCAACCAAGGGAAAGGCGCUGCUGCAACUGUCGCCACGAAUAUGGCGCGCACCUUUCCAUCAAUUAAAUGGCGAUUUUUCGUUGGAAUCGGCGGGGGCGUCCCAAGCAAGAAGCACAACAUCCGUCUGGGGGAUGUAGUUGUGAGCAUGCCCGAGGGGCAGCACGGAGGCGUUGUCCAGUACGACCUUGGAAAGGAGACAGACGGCGGGUUUUCCCUCAAGGGUUUCCUUGUGCCUCCGCCGACUCUUUUAAGGAGUGCUGUGGUAAAGAUGAAAUCCGAUCACUAUGUUAACGACAACAAAAUCGAUGAAUUCGUUUCGGCGAUGCUGCGAAGGGGACGGCGCCUUGUUACCUACAAGAGGCCGUCUACUGACCUUGACAUCUUGUUUGAAGAAGACUAUCCUCAUGAUCCUUCGAGAUCCACCUGCGAAGGAUGUGACAAGGGAAGGCUGACAAUCAGAGCCCCUCGUGAGUUCGAAGGCCCUGAAAUACACUACGGUCUCAUAGCCUCUGGCGAUCGCGUGAUCAAAAGCACGUCGAAGAGGAAUGAAAUUAUCCGUAGCGUCGGCGACAUACUUUGCUUUGAGAUGGAAGCAGCUGGCAUCAUGACCGAGUUUCCUUGCAUCGUCAUCCGCGGCAUUUCGGACUACGCCGACUCGCAUAAGAGUGAUGACUGGCAGCACUACGCCGCGGCCGCUGCCGCUGCGUACGCCAAAGAACUUCUGAGCUACAUUGAUCCUGAGGCUGCACGUACUGAAAAAGCUCCGACCUUUUCCCCACCGUCUGAGCUUGACAAUGCUCCGGGUAGACAUAACUUUUACGGGAGAGGGAUUCAGCACACUGGCUCAGGAAACUUUUCGGUGGGAAAUGAUCUAAACAUUAGUUGA